CCGAGUUCCAGCAGUCCGCGAGCUGCCGUCGGCUCCGCGGGGGGGGCGGGCCGGGCACCCCGGGGCGCGGAGGAGCGCUCCUAGCUUCUCUCCUUCCCCCCAGCCGCACUCCGCCGGACCCUCCCGCCGGCCCGCGCCGCUGCCCUCGCCCUCUCCUCUCGCCCCCCGGCAAACUUUCGGCCUCUCCCCGCCCCUCGCCCGUUAUUCGUCGUGGCUCUAGCCCGGCCACGCCGCCCCGAGGGCUCCUCCCGACCGCCCUGCCUGCCGCUCCGGCCACUGCGGGAUCCAGAAACAUGUCGACCACACUUCUGUCCGCCUUCUACGAUGUCGACUUCUUGUGCAAGACGGAGAAAUCCCUGGCCAACCUCAACCUGAACAACAUGCUGGACAAGAAAGCGGUGGGGACGCCCGUGGCCGCCGCCCCAAGCUCGGGCUUCGCGCCGGGCUUCCUCCGACGGCACUCGGCCAGCAACCUGCAUGCACUCGCCCACCCUGCGCCCAGCCCCGGCAGCUGCUCGCCCAAGUUCCCGGGCGCCGCUAACGGCAGCAGCUGCGGCAGCGCGGCCGCCGGGGGCCCGGCCUCCUACGGCGCCCUUAAGGAGCCGUCGGGGGGCGGCGGCACAGCCCUGCUCAACAAGGAGAACAAAUUCCGGGACCGCUCCUUCAGCGAGAACGGCGACCGCAGCCAGCACCUCCUGCACCUGCAGCAGCAGCAGAAGGGGGGCGGCGGCUCCCAGAUCAACUCCACGCGCUACAAGACCGAGCUGUGCCGGCCCUUCGAGGAGAGCGGCACUUGCAAGUACGGCGAGAAGUGCCAGUUCGCGCACGGCUUCCACGAGCUGCGCAGUCUGACUCGCCACCCGAAGUACAAGACCGAGCUGUGCCGCACCUUCCACACCAUCGGCUUCUGCCCCUACGGGCCGCGCUGCCACUUCAUCCACAACGCAGAUGAGCGGCGGCCCGCGCCGUCGGGGGGCGCCUCCGGGGACCUGCGCGCCUUUGGCACGCGGGACGCGCUGCACCUGGGCUUCCCGCGGGAGCCGCGGCCUAAGCUGCACCACAGCCUCAGCUUCUCGGGCUUCCCGUCGGGCCACCACCAGCCCCCGGGCGGCCUCGAGUCGCCGUUGCUGCUGGACAGCCCCACGUCGCGCACGCCGCCGCCGCCCUCUUGCUCCUCGGCCUCGUCCUGCUCCUCCUCCGCCUCCUCCUGUUCCUCGGCCUCCGCGGCCUCCACGCCCUCGGGCGCCCCGACCUGCUGCGCCUCCGCGGCGGCUGCAGCUGCGGCCGCUCUGCUCUACGGCACCGGGGGCGCCGAGGACCUGCUGGCACCGGGGCCCCCUUGCGCAGCCUGUUCGUCCACCUCCUGCGCCAACAACGCCUUCGCCUUCGGCCCCGAGCUCAGCAGCCUCAUCACGCCGCUCGCCAUCCAGACCCACAACUUCGCCGCCGUGGCCGCCGCCGCCUACUACCGCAGUCAGCAGCAGCAGCAGCAGGGCCUGGCGCCCCCCGCGCAACCCCCGGCGCCGCCCAGCGCGCCCCUCCCCGCCGGGGCCGCCGCGCCUCCCUCGCCGCCCUUCAGCUUCCAGCUGCCGCGCCGCCUGUCCGAUUCGCCCGUGUUCGACGCGCCCCCCAGCCCCCCGGACUCGCUGUCGGACCGCGACAGCUACCUGAGCGGCUCCCUGAGCUCCGGCAGCCUCAGCGGCUCCGAGUCCCCCAGCCUCGACCCCGGGCGCCGCCUGCCUAUCUUCAGCCGCCUCUCCAUCUCCGACGACUGAGGCAAGAGGGCGCCAGUGAGGAGGAAGGGAAGGCGGUUCAGAGAUGUUGGAGGACACCCCUCGCCAUCUCGCCCCUGCUGGGGGCACGGGAGCGUGGGGGGUGACAUGGGCCCCAGGCAGACUGCAAGCCCGACCAGCACUUGGACUCGAACUCUGUGCUGGGAGGGGCCCCCACUCCUCCUUUUUCGGUUUCCUCUUGUUUUGUUUUUUAUUUUUAUUACGAAGUUUCAUUCUUUUGAGCAAAAACGUUGACAAACUUUUUGUAUUGAACAAAAUAUUCACAACAGGGCAGUUGUGAUACGAGUAGAACAAAAAAAAAAAAAAAAAAAAAAAAAUAAAUAGAAAAAAUA